UCCUGCAUCAACCACCUCAGCAAUCUCGGACAGAGACAAGUCAUCAAUCUUCCGGAUAAUUACGCGGGCACAAAACUGUCAUCAUCAGCACCCUGUGAUAUUACGAAAAUGUCGACGAUAAUUUUUAAUGGAACUCAAGGACGGGCUAUGAGCUAUUAGAGAUAAUUUAUUUCGGGAUCAAAAUUUUUCAUGGUGGAGUCACCCGUAAAUUUCCAUCAUCAUCGAGGUAAAAUCUACUAAAUUAUCUCGCAGCGCGAGCAUAUAUAAUCUUCAAAUUAUUCUACUCUCGAUGUAAGACUGAAAUCCGCGCGACGUAGAUUCGCGACGUUCAUAAAACACAGUAGUGUCUGUUUAAUCGCUGUCGGAGAGGAUCAUCCGGUCAUUGUCCGCAAUUUGCGCAACUGCGUAUUGCAGGAUUUAUCGAGUGUGAUUCGUCUGGAUUUUAUCGAAGAUCUUACCCGAAUCGUUUUAAUAAUAUUUACCGAUAAGUAGUUAUCUCGUUGUAUUAUAAAUGUAGCCUUUAGAAAAAAAAGGCAGAAGAGUACGAGACCUUGGGCAGAAACACUUACAUUUCCCGUUCGAUCGGAACUCACGUGAACGCUUCGUGCUCUAUGAAAAGAGGCAAAACAGAAGAAGACAGAGAGAAAAUAAAGGCCUUUGGAGAGACGGGAAUAAUACAUUUUAAACAUUGAUUUACACGAGAAGAUUGAUAUUUUUAUUUUUUAACAAAGUGACAAUGUGAAUUGGAAGGAUUCGAUAUAUUUUAACGUCGUCACACAAAAAGAAAUAAACGUCCUUUCUAAAUCAUCAAAUCUGCAUUCAUAUCCACGUCUGAGUAUUAUACAACAGAAUCGCCAUGGGUCGAACAGAGAAAGAGCAAUCGGGCAAUCCCAUGACGGAAUUCAGCAGCAGCACAAAAAUAGCUCCAACCAUUAUUGGCGAAUAUAAAGAAAAAGAUGAACUGUACGAUCCAUUCGAACAUCGUGAUAAAACACAUGCGACUUCGGAUCUGGGAUCUGUGAUGCAUCUCUUGAAAUCCUCCCUAGGGACGGGUAUCUUGGCCAUGCCGCUCGCAAUGAAAAACGGCGGGCUGGUGAUCGGCGGGAUUGGCACGCUCAUAAUCGGCUUCAUCUGCGCGCACUGUGUGCACAUACUGGUGCGUUCGUCCCACGUGCUUUGCCGGCGCACCAAGACGCCGCAGAUGACCUAUGCUGAGACGGCAUAUGCGGCCUUCCUCUCCGGACCGAAGCGAAUAAGGCCUUGGGCCAACUUCAGCAGGAUAUUCGUGAACGCGGCGCUUUGCGCGACAUAUGUGGGCGGCGCGUGCGUUUACAUCGUAUUCAUUGCUAACUCCCUUAAGCAGGUCAUGGAUUUCCGCACCGGAAAGCCUAUAGACCUGCGCUUGUACAUCCUCUCGCUGAUUCCGGCAUUGGUGCUGCUUGGUCAGGUGCGCAACCUAAAGUACUUGGUACCAUUUUCAAUGCUGGCCAAUAUUUUCAUGAUAAGCGGUUUCUCGAUUACGCUGUACUAUAUCUUCACCAAUAUCCAACCGUUCAAGGAUGAAAUGUUGUUUUCCUCGGUGGAGCAAUUGCCCCGUUUCUUCGCGACUGUGAUAUUCGCCAUCGAAGGUAUCGGCGUUGUGAUGCCCGUGGCGAACAGUAUGAGAAAUCCACAUCACUUCCUGGGAUGUCCUAGCGUACUUAACGUUUCGAUGACAAUAGUAGUGUCUCUAUAUGCCGUGAUGGGAAUAUCCGGUUACCUCGCAUAUGGCAAAAGUGCGAAGGGAAGCAUCACAUUGAAUCUACCAACGGAAGAGGAUUUGGCCCAAGCGGUAAAACUUCUCAUCGCCGCGGCCGUUCUCUUUACUUACGGUUUGCAGUAUUUCGUGCCACUUGAGAUCAUAUGGAAUUCCAUGAAACACCGAUUUAGUCAUAAGUACGCGGCCAUUGGCGAGACAGUAAUGAGGAUAUGUAUGGUUAUGCUAACAGUGAUUGUAGCGCUGGCAGUGCCCGAAUUAGAUCCGUUCAUUUCUCUAGUCGGUGCAGUAUUCUUUUCUACCCUCGGCAUUACUAUCCCAGCCAUCGUUGAGACGGUUUCAUGCUGGGAAAGCCAUUUGGGUGCGUUCAAAUGGCGGCUAUGGAAAAAUUCGAUAUUACUCGUAUUCUCGUUAUUAGCGCUAAUAUUUGGCUCGUGGAUGUCAAUAGUAGAUAUAAUUAACGCUUAUGAUAAAGAAACUGUUUAGCGUGAUACUUCUAUACAUUCUCGUUACUUGCGUUUGUAUUUGACACGUGGAUCUCAAUGUUAGAUAUAACUAUUUUAAUCAAUAAUAAAUUUUAUUAAGUGUUUUAUUCAUGUUUCUUUUCGAUUUACAACACAUCUCUUGUCGGCGGUUUAUAUUGAAGAUAGAUUGAGUGAAAAUUUUAGCGUGAGAACGGCGAAAAAGAAUUCAUGAUAGCCUUUGUCCUAAAUAACUUCGAUAUUUCGAUACUUCAAACAUAAUUAUUACAAAUUAUACAAUUUUAUUUUACAUCGAACUUUUCAAUUCAAAGAUUUUAUUUUAUCGAUUCACGCUAAUGGAAAGUAAUUGCUAUGAGUAGCAAACAAAUAUGUUCGAUACUUUGUUGGAUGUUAAUACUAUGCUCUCUUAUAACUUGUCAACAACAUUCCUAUCAUCUCUGUGAUCACGUUCAAAGCAAUGUUUCUCGUUUAGAUUCAGAUCACGUGCGUGAUGUAAUAAAUCAAGAUUGGCAUAUAAGAAAUGCGUCUCAGAAGAAA